AGCCAUUUUGGCUCAAGGGCGCGGGCGCCUGCAAAAGACCCCGGGCUGCGGCAGCCACCGCACGCUCCCCGCGCGGCCUGCGGAUGCCCCCGUCGCGGUCAUGCUGCGGGCUUUCCAAGCGCUCGGCGCGUUCGCCGGCGCGGUGGCGGCGGGCUCCGCGGCUGGGCCCUCCUGCUUCGCGAGCAGACCCCCGGGGGGCUCACCGACGGCCACCUCGGGAGGGGGCCGCGGGCGUCCGCCCCGUCGCUGGCCCUGGUGGUCCCAGGGCACGGCGACGCGAGGCGCACCCGCUUCAUGGUGGAGAACAUCGUCCGCGUGGCGCGGGCUCUGCCACCGACUUACGGGUUCGAGUGCUUCAUCUUCGCGUACACGGACGUCGCCAUCACGAUGCCGAGCCCGUACGCCUGCACCGUGGUCCGUGCCAGGGGCUUUUGGACGGACUACAUGAAGAUGGUGCGGUCCAACAGCACAUACGUCGCGAUCAUGAUGGAUGACGUAUCUCCAGCAGAGGUCCGGAUGCCAGCCUUUCUCAGGACGAUGCAGCAGUACGACCUCGAGGUGGCCGCCCCCGUGCAGCCCUCCUGGCACUGGAAAGUGAUGAUGAGGGAUGCCGAGAGAAAGUGCGUUGUCCGUGUGACGAAGUACAUUGAUAUGCUCUUUACAGUGUUCUCGCACCGUGCGUGGGAGUGCUGGCGGAGGCAGAUUGACACUGAUAAGAACUCCAUGGGCUGGGGAAUGGACGCCACGUUCCAUUUCACCUGUGGGAUGAAAAUGGGCCUCCUCGACGAGCACACGGCUGUCCACGAGGACCUUACAUCUGGCACAGAGCACAAGUUCGUAGAGGCGAAGGAGACCCGGACCUACAACGAGACGCUGGCCCACCUGGAGCUCGCCGAGUGGCUGGCGGACAAGGCGAUCCAGUUCAAUGUCACGUACGGCUGGGACGUGGACAGCGGCUGCGCGAGGCGGUGCGCAUCCUCCGGGAAGCCGAGCGUCAAGAAGCAGUACAUGAAAUUCCUCAUGGGCAUCGCGAACGGGCCGACGGAGUGCAUACCGGCUGGCGGUGGUUCCUGAGCGCCGCCCCCGGCUCCGAGAGAUCGGAGUGGGGUUGCCAGCGCUCGCGUGCACUUUCGCGCCGCCGCAAGACGGCGCUUGCUGGGGCGCGCUGCGAUCUCGAGCCAGGGGGCGGCCGGCGGGGCCCGAGGCGGGCGGAGACGAGAGAGCGAGGCGCGGCCCGGGAGGUCGGGUUUGUGCGUGUCUGCGAGCGCCCCACGUCGGCGCGAGCACUGGAGAGCUGGGGCACCCGGGGCGCCGCCGCGUCGCGGGGAAAGCUCGCGUCGGCUGUCGAGGAGGGAUCUGUAGGCCUGCACGCAGGUCGUUGAGAGCAGGUUCGAGUCGGGCCUGCCCCUGCACAGAAGGAAGAUUCCGAAACAGUCAGA